AUGACAACAACAACAACAACAACGAUAACAACAGGAAAAAACAACAAUAAUAAAAAUAACAAUAACAAUAAUAGUAAACAUAACAGCGACAAUAACAAUAAUAGUAAAUACAACAAUGACAACAAAAACAACAAUAAAAAUAAGGACAACAACGACGAUAACAAUAAUAGUAAACAAUGA